AUUUUGAAGAGUAGCUUUUUGUAUGAUUUUGAAAAGCGGAGAGCGAAUAAGGAACCGUAGAACCCCCUCACCAAAUCAUUUACUAAACGCUCUCCGCUCCCAAACAACAUCAGAUCUCAUCGCAAGUUCCCCAAUACAACUUCCUCUUUCUCAUAUCUCUAAGAAUAGUUGAAAAUGGGGCUCUCAUUCACCAAGCUUUUCAGUCGCUUGUUUGCCAAGAAGGAGAUGCGUAUACUUAUGGUCGGUCUCGACGCCGCCGGUAAGACCACCAUUCUCUACAAACUCAAGCUCGGAGAGAUCGUCACCACCAUUCCCACCAUUGGGUUUAAUGUGGAAACUGUGGAAUAUAAGAACAUCAGCUUCACUGUUUGGGAUGUUGGUGGCCAGGACAAGAUCCGUCCUUUGUGGAGACAUUACUUCCAAAAUACCCAAGGUCUUAUAUUUGUGGUUGAUAGCAAUGACCGAGAUCGUGUUGUGGAAGCUAGAGACGAGCUGCACAGGAUGUUGAAUGAGGAUGAGUUGAGAGAUGCUGUGCUACUUGUUUUUGCAAACAAGCAAGAUCUUCCAAAUGCUAUGAAUGCUGCCGAAAUAACUGACAAACUUGGUCUUCAUUCUCUCCGUCAGCGUCACUGGUAUAUCCAGAGCACAUGUGCCACAUCUGGUGAAGGACUUUACGAAGGACUUGACUGGCUCUCAAACAACAUUGCAAACAAGGCAUAGUGAUCAUCAUUUAUGGAUUGCUUGGAUUUUGGUUGAGUUUAUAGCGAUUGUGACUUCCGAUGUUUGAUACAGUUACCUUGUUUAGAAUCUUUUAUCUCAUCUAGCAUGUAUUAUUUGUCUUUGAUAAAGAACAACAUAUUUACAACCUAAUAUUAAAAUAAUCUGCAUUCUUUUCCGUGUAUAA